AUGAAGUACUUGGAAAGACGAUUCGACAAGCGAGUGCGUUUCAUUGGAUCUUGUCUAUUUGUGCUGAUGAAUGUUCUUUGGCAGCCCAUUUGCGUUUAUGUACCAGCUUUGACUCUAAAUCAAGUUUCUGGAAUUAGUGUUAGCACGAUUGUUCCCCUAACAAGUUUCAUCUGCAUUCUCUAUACCUGCAUCGGCGGCAUUAAGGGCGUGGUUUACACAGACGCCAUUCAAUGCGUUGUAAUGCUCGGCUCUAUGGCUAUUGUUAUUCUUAAAGGCACUUGGGACUUGGGGGGCGUGGGAGUCCUUAUAGACCGUGCUGCUCAGUAUGAUAGACUGGUUGGCCCAGAAAUGACCUUUGAUCCGAGAGCUCGAAUGGGAGUGCUUGCUGUGCUAAUUGGAGGCACUCUGUUUAAACUACAGGCUGAUGGCAUAAAUCAACCCAUAGUUCAGAGAUAUCUUACGCUACCGAACUACAGGGCUGUAAAACAUGCCUUGAUAUUGGCCAUAACUGGAUUUGUGCUCAUAAUAUCAAUGUGUGUUUACAUAGGUCUCUUGGCCUUUGCUGAGUUCUAUCAUUGUGAUCCGAUAACCACAGGCUUGGCAGGUGCCAGGGAUCAAGUUAUACCCCUGUACGUGUUAAAGAGUGUCGGAGACUUCCCCGGACUAGUCGGCUUAUUUGUAGCUGGGAUUUUCAGCGCUGCUCUCAGCUCCCUUUCUACGGCUUUAAAUUCCCUAUCUGGUGUAAUUUUGGCGGACUUUGUGGAGCCGUAUCGAAAAAAGCCUCUCACGGAACGUCAAACCGCCUUCGUUUUGAGGGGUGUGGUGGUAGUUUUCGGUCUGAUCUCCAUGGCCAGUGUCCCGAUUGUCCAGAGACUCGGCCUUGUGAUGCAGCUCUCCACUACAGUGGCUGGCAUAGCCUGCGGUCCGCUCCUGGGAGCAUUUACUGUGGGCAUGCUAAUGCCCUUUGUUAAGACAGAGAGUCUCCUCGUAGGCAUGUCCGGUGCAUCUUCCUUAAUAGCCUACAUUGUAGUGAGGGCUCAAAUGGCUAUUUUCAACGGCACCCUGACUUUUUCAUCGAAACCCGUUUCUGUUGAGGAUUGCGAUUACAGUUUUGACCUGAAGGAUAAUUGGAAUGUGACCACCCCAGAAUAUUUAGGUGAUUCUGGGAGCCAUGGAAUCCAUGAGAUCUCAUUUCUGUUGUACACGGCAGUCGGAUCUAUAGGUACUAUCCUUGGGUCCUUGCUGGCCACCCUCUAUUUCGGGCGCCAGGAUCUCAGGAAGGUGGAUAGAGAACUGAUAAGCCCCGUUCUGCGAAGUUACUGGUACGGGCAGUACAAGGGCGUGGCUAGUGAUGACAAACCAUUAUCCGGAAUAAGUGUUUCCACAAUUGUGCCCCUGACUAGUUUUAUCUGCAUUCUCUACACCAGUGUGGGUGGUAUUAAGGGCGUUGUUUGGACGGAUGUGAUUCAGGGAUUUGUGAUGAUCGGCUCCAUGGCAUUUGUUAUCGUCCAAGGCACCAUUGAUUUAGGUGGCUUGGGCGUUGUCCUGGAUCGUAAUCGCCAGUUUGAUCGCUUGAUAGUACCAGAGUAA